UGACCGUCCACUCUUCUACUUUACUCCCACCCGCUCCUCCACUCUUCUUCUCUCUAUAUAUAUACCCUCCGCUCCCCGUUCUCCAAUGUCCUAAAACAUCAACCAGAUCAAAGAAACAGUAGUGUUGAAGACAAUCCUGCAAGCUGAUAUUCAAUUCAAACUUGAAAACCUACAGAAAAACAUGGGAAACUACACUUCUUGUUGUGUUGUUUUUACCUGCUCAAGAAAAGUACCCAAGACUGCAAAACUUAUGGAUUCUCAGGGGAACUUGAGGCAGGUAAGUCUCCCAGUGAAAGCUGCAGAGCUUAUGCUUGAAGAACCUGGCCAUGCAAUUUGUCCAUUGCAUGAGCUCAAGCAAAGGAGUCGUGUCAUAGCCAUGCGAGCUGAUGAUGAGCUUUUGCCUGGAAAGGUAUACUUGUUAGUUACUUUAAGUAAGGUAAACUGUAAGAUUUCUGCGUCGGAGGUGGCAAUCAUGGAGUCUACUAUUGCUGCUUGUGCGAAAAGGUCGGGCAAGAAGAGAAAUGGUGCCCAGGUUUUGCCUGCUAUGGCUGUGGAGAUGAGGGAGUUGGAGGAGGGAUCAGAGGGCGAGGCUAACGUUUUGGAAGGAAAUGAUCUUACGAGCUCUAACGGUUGCCGGUUAGUGAAUUAUAGGCAGUGGACUCCGGCGUUGGAACCCAUAUCGGAGGAUUUUUGAUCGGAGAAAUAUUUUUUCUCUCUUAAAUUGUCCAGAUCACUGUUUUUAACCGGGCAUGACCCAGGUUAAUUCAUGACCUUAUCAUUCUGGGCUUUGAUUUUUUUUUUUAAAAAAAGAGAGACAUCAAGAUAAACCUAAAUCAAAUUGAGAUGUAAUGAUAGGGCUACUCAAUGAGAAGUUAGGUGUGCAUAUGGUUAACUAACAAGUAGGAUUAAAGAAUUCAAUUGAUUUGUAAUUAAUUUAUCACUCCUUUGUGUAAAAGUUUUUUUUUUUU